AAAAACAGUUUAUAUUGAAUUAAAUACACAGCCAAUGUCCAAGGUUUGUAUUACAUUUUCUUUGGAGACAAAUGUACUAAAAUAUUUAUAUUUAAACUAUAGGCUAUUUAUUAACCUUUCAGCAAUCAUUUAAACCGCAAAAUGAUUUUAAUAAAACAUGCAGAGCGUCAAACAUCAGAAUAAGUCACAUUUUAAAAUAUCAAACGAGAAAAUUGUAUGAAGUGUAUUAAUCAAAACAUGUGACACCUGUCAAGAUCUGAAGUAUAUAAAAACUAUAUUAACUAUUUGGAAUCUCUCAGGUCAUGGGGAUUUAUUAAAUAUACUUUGGGUAUUUUCAGGGUUUUAAUGUGGUUUAACACGUGCAGCCAAGCUGUCUAUAAAAUAUGAUAUUGAAACUUUUGCUUGUAGAUUAGAUUGGAACUUCUCGAAGCCAACAUAGACGUACUGCCAGAGAUCUGAACUUUUGACCCUUUGGCUACUGACAUAUAACCCUUGUGACAACUUUCCCAUUUGACAACUAGCCACGGUCGCCUUGAUACUUAACAUCAACACACAGUACAGUCAUAUUCUUUAAGGCUAUAAUACUGUUUUCAUUUUUACCAUUCAUCGUUUCAUUAUGUCAUUAUUGUUAUACGAAAUGACUACUGGAAAAAAUUCCAUUCUUUGGGGCGUUACGGUAAUAAGAUCAUGUUAUAGCCUCAGGUGUUUACUUCAAUAAAAGUCUAUUGACUGUGCUUGCUCAGUGCAGUUAACAACAAAACUGCAAACAGAAUCAGACCGAGAAAGGAGCAGGUUAAUGUAUCACAGACUGUGAAUGUACAAAUUUAUAAGCUUGUGUCAUCCGUUUGCUCUGCAUUAAGAGGUAGGUAUUUACUUUUACAUACUGUACUUCAUGUUGCCAUUUUUCUGUAACUGUGCUGUGUUUUAACUUUUCUGUUUUUCCUGUUUGCCCCUUAUACACAUUGUGAAAAGCGCUGUAUAAAUAAACUUGAAUUGAAUUGAAUUAAAACUAAAUAGGAUUUUGCUUUUAUAAAAUAAAUUGUCCUAUGUUUUCUUUUUCUAUUUUUUAUGAUCCGAGGGUAAAUGAAUUCUCUACAACGUUUCCAAAUCCCAAAGCUGUAUUAUCAGCAAGUAAUACCAAAGAUGGCUUUGAUUUCAAGUGAUCUUUUUAUCAAAGUCAUCAUAUCAGAUCAUUUUCCAACAAUAAACCUCAUAUUUAGUCAUAGCAGGCUGCUUUUCAUUUUUUUCAUUUAUGUAACUCAGUUUCUGUCACUUGCGUAAAAGUAUUCCAUUUACAGAACAGUUUAAUGUAAUCGCAUGGUGUGUUUGCAUUUUUUUAAAUGAUUUACUAAAACUGCACUGUCCUCUGAUUGGUCUAGAGAUCCAACUCAUUAUUUUUCACGAGCCUCUGCGAACGCUUCACUUCACUAUUAAGAAAAUCAUAGUUUCUUGGCUAGACAACUUAAUUUAGCGUUUAAAUAUGUCAUUUACAAACAACACGAUCACAUUUCCUGAGCUCAUAAAACAAAAACGAGAUGGUGGUCAAUUCAGCGAUGCCGACAUACAAGUCUUUGUGCAAGGGAUCAAAUCCAGAACCAUCCAGGACAGUCAAAUAGGGGCUAUGCUCAUGGCUAUUUGGCUAAAGGGUAUGUCUGAAGAAGAAACCCUGCAACUGACAAGAGAGAUGAUGAAAUCUGGGGAAGUGUUUGUCUGGCCGGAUGAAUGGCUUGUGGUAGACAAACACUCAACGGGUGGAGUUGGAGACAAAGUCAGUCUGCCACUUACACCCGCCUUGGCUGCAUGUGGCUGUAAGGUGCCUAUGAUAAGCGGUAGAGGACUGGCACAUACAGGUGGCACGCUGGACAAGCUGGAGUCUAUCCCUGGGUUUAAUGUCAGCCAGUCAGUUGAACAGAUCAAGCAGAUCUUGCAGGACAUUGGCUGUUGUAUUGUGGGACAGACGGAGAGUCUGGUGCCAGCAGACCGUGUUCUCUAUGCCCUCAGAGACGCCACAUCUACUGUUGAUAGUCUUCCUCUCAUUACAAGCUCCAUUAUUUCUAAGAAAGGCGCAGAGGGUCUGAACGCACUCUUAUUAGAUGUGAAGUUUGGCAGGGCAGCUUUGUAUAAAGAUCUGGACAGCGCACGCUCUCUCGCCCAGUCACUGGUUACUGUAGGUAACAACCUGGGAGUAAAAACGGGGGCGGUGCUCAGCCGAAUGGAUGCACCGAUUGGUCGAUGUGUGGGAAAUGCGGUUGAGGUGUGCGAAGCCCUCGAGUGUCUCAAAGGACGGGGGCCAGAUGAUCUCAAUGAACUAGUUUCAACUUUAGGGGGAUACUUAUUAUGGAUGAGCGGCCACUCCUCAUCACUAGAGAAAGGGAAAAAUGACAUCAUGCAGAAACUCAUCAACGGAGAAGGCCUGAAAAAGUUUGAGGAUAUGUUGGUGGCCCAGGGUGUGUCUGCAGACGUCGCCCGUUCCCUGUGCGCAGAUGGUGCAGACUACUUCCAGCACAUGAAGCAGGCGACACAUCAGACGGAGCUUAAGGCGCAACACUAUGGAACAGUUUUGGAGAUUGAUGGCUUGGUCCUGGCUAAAGUGCUGCAUAGGUUAGGGGCCGGACGUAAUAAAUCGGGUGAGAAAAUUGAUCAUAGCGUGGGGGCAGAGCUUUUGGUAGACGUGGGACAGCAGGUAACAAAAGGUCAAUCCUGGAUCAAAAUUCAUCACAACAGCCCAGAGCUCAGUACACAGCAACAUUCAGACCUCCAGAAAGCUUUGCUUAUUAUCAGCUGCGACAAAUACAAGAAAGAGUCACGUAUAGCACAAUUCAUCCACCCUAAUAUGUCAUAAUGAAUCCUCAUUUUCAAUAGUUUUUAAUUGUGCACAAACGUCAUAUUGUUUGUGAACAGUUUGAGUUAAAUUAACAUGAGACUUAUCAACAGGCCUGACACUAUAAACUAAAGAUCGUUGAACUUUAAAGGCUGGAAAAUGUUUAAACGCAUUUGCUCACCAGUGGAGUCUGAGAUAUGACUGAAUCCCACAGCUGCUCAGUCUAGUCCUGAAAAUUCUUCAACGUUCAGAUGUCAUUCUAAUCACCUGAAUCAGAUCAUCAAACCCUUGGGGUUCAGUUGGAAAUUGCAGCCAGGUGUGUUGGAGCACUGCUGAAAAUAACUGCAGAAAGGUGGAUAUCCGGUAAAAUAAGCACUAAAUAAAUAAACUAACAAAAAGGACAUCAUCCACCUUGUAGGAAGUGUUAUUUGUACAUAAUUUAUAACUGCAAAUAAACUCCCUGUGUGUUGAGAUUUAAUGCAAGAUACAUGUUAUUAUGUUAUUAUCAACCAAGUUCAUACUAAAAUACUUUUUCUUCACAAAUUGCUUUUCUUUCUUUUAACAUUAAUUAGGCAAACCCCAUGUUCAAUAAAUGAACCAAAAGGUGAAAUAUUUU